AUGCCAAAAGAACAGUAUCGCGAAACAUACGUUGGAAGAAAGAUAUCUCAUGUUACAUUCAAUGUGGACAGUGCAUCAGCUAUCCAGCAAGCAGCUCAUAUACAAGUAAUUACAAAGAAUUUAUACGCUCAAGAUGGUCAGAGGAUGCCAGCUACUUACGGCGUACUGGACAGACGCAUGGGCACAAAUCAAAAGGAUGCCAACUGUGAGACUUGUGGCCUGGGGCUGGCAGAGUGUGUUGGUCACUAUGGUUAUAUAGAGUUAGCACUGCCAGUGUUUCAUGUUGGUUAUUUUCGUUCAAUAAUAACUAUACUGCAGACUAUAUGCAAGGACUGUGCAAAAGUAAUGUUACCGGAGAAAAUAAAAAAGUCAUUCAGACGCAAAUUCAUAAAUCCAGAACUAUCGUACUUACACAAAAAAACCUUGCGAGCGGCUGUGCUAAAGAAGGCGAAAACGUGUACAAAGUGCCCAUAUUGUGACUCUCUAAACGGCAUUGUCAAAAAGAGCCCCGCUGGAAUACUGAAGAUAAUACACGAUAAGUACAGAGCAAAGAAACCAACUGAUCCAAUCGUCCAGAAUGUGCUUAAAAACUUUCACGAGGCAAAAGAAUCUAACAAGGAGAUAGCAGCAAUGAUAAAUAGUGGUUUGAUCAUAGAAUUGAGUCCAUUAGAGGUGUUGAAUCUUUUCCGACGUAUCCCAGAUGAAGACAUACCCCUGCUGGGAAUGAACGUCAAGGCCUGUCGUCCCGAGGAUCUAAUUCUGACACGAUUGCUCGUACCGCCACUGUGUAUUCGACCUAGUGUCGUUUCCGAUAUCAAGGCCGGCACCAACGAAGACGACCUGACGAUGAAACAAUCGGAGAUCCUGUUGAUCAAUGACGUGAUCGCCCGGCACAUCGCCAGUGGCGGCAAGAGCGAGCUGCUGCAGGAGGACUGGGACUACCUGCAGCUGCACGCUGCACUCUACAUCAACAGCGAGAUGUCCGGCAUCCCACUCUCCAUGCAGCCCAAGAAACCUGGAAGAGGGUUGGUACAACGGCUAAAGGGUAAACAGGGUCGGUUCCGCGGCAAUCUGUCCGGAAAACGAGUCGACUUCUCCAGUAGAACUGUCAUCUCCCCGGACCCCAACCUGCAGAUACAGGAGGUGGGGGUGCCGGUGCACGUGGCGCGGGUGCUGACAUACCCGGAGCGCGUGUUCCCGGCUAACCUGGCGUGGCUGCGCCGCCUCGUGCGCACCGGGCCCGACGCGCACCCCGGCGCCAACUACGUGCAGCAGCGCGGUCUCAGCCACAAGAAGUACCUCAAGUACGGCAACCGCGAGAAGAUCGCGCAGGAGCUCAAGUGCGGUGACAUAGUGGAGCGGCAUCUAGUGGACGGCGAUGUGGUGCUGUUCAAUCGGCAGCCAUCGCUACACAAACUGUCCAUCAUGUGUCACAGAGCUCGUGUACAGCCGCAGAGGACGUUCCGGUUCAACGAGUGCGUGUGUACACCAUACAACGCAGAUUUCGACGGUGACGAAAUGAACAUGCAUCUGCCGCAGACUGAGGAGGCCCGGGCAGAGGCGCUCAUACUUAUGGGGAACAAAUCGAACCUGGUAACACCGCGGAACGGCGAGCUGCUGAUCGCUGCCACGCAGGACUUCAUCACGGGCGGGUACCUGAUCACGCAGCGCGACACGUUCUUCACGCGUGCGGAGGCACAGCAGCUGGCCAGCUGUCUACUCGCCGGGCCCGACAGCACCAUGAGGAUCGACAUGCCCGAGCCCGCGAUCCUCAAGCCGAGGGUGCUGUGGACGGGGAAGCAGAUUUUUAGUUUAAUAAUGAAACCGAACAAACGAUGCGAGGUGAAAGCCAAUUUAGAAGUGAAAGGCAAGAAUUAUACGGGUAACCAGGACAUGUGCGUGCAAGACUCUUAUGUUAUAAUAAGGAACUCGGAACUGCUGUGCGGCUCGAUGGAUAAGAGCACGCUGGGCUCGGGGACCAAGAGCAGCAUCUUCUACAUCCUGCUGCGGGACUGGGGGGAGGAGUUCGCGGUCAGGGGCAUGUGGAGGCUAGCGCGUAUGGCGUCUUACUACAUGAUGAAUAGGGGAUUCAGCUUUGGUAUAAUCGACGUGACGCCGGGCAAAAAACUUAUCGAAGCAAAAAAUAAAUUGUUGGAGUCUGGGUACUCCAAGUGUGACGGCUACAUCCUGGAAAUGGAGAAAGGCACGUUGCAAUGUCAGCCCGGAUGCAGCAUGGAGGAGACCCUAGAAGCAAUGAUGCUCAGCGAAUUGAGUAGUAUCAGAGAGUUGGCUGCGAAGGCUUGCUUUCGAGAGCUGCAUCCAACCAACGCGCCACUUAUAAUGGCGCAAAGUGGCUCAAAAGGUUCGAACAUCAACAUCUCGCAGAUGAUCGCGUGCGUGGGCCAGCAGGCGUUGAACGGGAAACGAGUGCCCAACGGCUUUGAAGACAGGUCGCUGCCACAUUUUGAGAGGCAUUCCAAAAUCCCGGCGGCACGUGGGUUCGUGGAGAACAGUUUUUACUCAGGACUGACUCCUACCGAGUUCUUUUUCCACACUAUGGGCGGCCGCGAGGGGCUCGUCGACACCGCGGUUAAAACUGCCGAGACGGGAUACUUGCAGCGGAGACUAGUUAAGUCGCUGGAGGACCUGGUGCUGCAGUACGACAUGACAGUCCGUAAUGCAACGGGCGAGGUGGUGCAGUUCCGCUACGGCAGCGACGGGCUCGACCCCAGCUACAUGGAGGGCAAGGACCGUCCGGUAGACCUGGCACGAGUCCUCGCAGAUGUACGCGCACAGUGCCAUGCUCGGGACGAGGAGCCACUUGAUGGCGACGGGAUUGUAGUGGCGGCAGAAGAAACCCUCGCGUUAGAUGACUUCAAAACGUGCCCAGACGAGUUCAAAAAGGAACUACUGUCGUUCCUGAAGACGGUAGCGGACAAAGUGCGCAGACUCCGCAGCAAGUUUCAGCAGUGCGGCGCCGUGGCGCUGCAGCUGGAGCGCCUGACGCUGCCGCAGCUGGUGCGCUUCGUGCGCGUCUGCCACGACAAGUACCAGCGCGGCGUCAUCGAGCCCGGCACCGCCGUGGGCGCGCUGGCCGCACAGAGUAUCGGAGAGCCCGGCACACAGAUGACCUUAAAAACCUUCCAUUUUGCUGGCGUAGCGUCAAUGAACAUUACCCAGGGAGUACCUCGAGUCAAGGAGAUUAUUAACGCGUCGAAGAACAUCUCCACGCCCAUUAUCACUGCCGAGCUGAUGCAGCCGUAUGACCAGGAGUUUGCAAGAAGAGUUAAGGGACGCGUGGAGAAGACUACGCUUGGGGAAAUCACGACGUACAUCGAAGAGGUGUACCUCCCUAGUGAAUGCUUCCUACUGAUCCGUCUGGACGCGGAGCGCAUCAAACUGCUCAGCUUGGAAGUCAAUGUGCACACCAUUGUUUAUUCGAUAUGCACGUCGAAGUUGAAAGUCAAGGCGGGCAACGUGCACGUGGUGUCGGAGUGGGCGAUCAAGGUGUGCGGGGAGGCGAGCAAGAGCGGCGGCUGGCUCAACGUGAGCCUGCAGCAGCUGGCGCGCUCGCUGCCCGCCGUCGUGGUGCAGGGCCUGCCUAAGGUCUCCCGCGCAGUCAUCGCCUGCGACGACGCCCGCGGCGCCACCAAGUACGUCCCUCAACGUCACAGUCAUACGACGUCGUGGUGCAGAGCCUGCCCAGGGUCUCCCGCGCAGUCGUCGCCUGCGACGACGCCCGCGGCGCCACCAAGUACGCCCCUCAACGUCACAGUCAUACGACGUCGUGGUGCAGGGCCUGCCCAGGGUCUCCCGCGCAGUCAUCGCCUGCGACGAUGUCCGCGGCGCCACCAAGUACGUCCCUCAACGUCACAGUCAUAUGACGUCGUGGUGCAGGGCCUGCCCAGCGUCUCCCGCGCAGUCAUCGCCAGCGACGACGCCCGCGGCGCCACCAAGUACGUCCCUCAACGUCACUAUCAUACGACGUCGUGGUGCAGGGCCUGCCCAGGGUCUCCCGCGCAGUCAUCGCCUGCGACGACGCCCGCGGCGCCACCAAGUACGCCCCUCAACGUCACAGUCAUACGACGUCGUGGUGCAGGGCCUGCCCAGAGUCUCCCGCGCAGUCAUCGCCUGCGACGAUGUCCGCGGCGCCACCAAGUACGUCCCUCAACGUCACAGUCAUACGACGUCGUGGUGCAGGGCCUGCCCAGGAUCUCCCGCGCAGUCAUCGCCAGCGACGACGCCCGCGGCGCCACCAAGUACGUCCCUCAACGUCACUGUCAUACGACGUCGUGGUGCAGGGCCUGCCCAGGGUCUCCCGCGCAGUCAUCGCCUGCGACGACGCCCGCGGCGCCGCCAAGUACGUCCCUCAACGUCACAGUCAUACGACGUCGUGGUGCAGAGCCUGCCCAGGGUCUCCCGCGCAGUCAUCGCCUGCGACGACGCCCGCGGCGCUACCAAGUACGCCCCUCAACGUCACAGUCAUACGACGUCGUGGUGCAGGGCCUGCCUAGGGUCUCCCGCGCAGUCAUCGCCUGCGACGAUGUCCGCGGCGCCACCAAGUACGUCCCUCAACGUCACAGUCAUAUGACGUCGUGGUGCAGGGCCUGCCCAGGGUUUCCCGCGCAGUCAUCGCCAGCGACGACGCCCACGGCGCCACCAAGUACGUCCCUCAACGUCACUGUCAUACGACGUCGUGGUGCAGGGCCUGCCCAGGGUCUCCCGCGCAGUCAUCGCCUGCGACGACGCCCGCGGCGCCACCAAGUACGUCCCUCAACGUCACAGUCAUACGACGUCGUGGUGCAGGGCCUGCCCAGGGUCUCCCGCGCAGUCAUUGCCUGCGACGACGCCCGCGGCGCCACCAAGUACGUCCCUCAACGUCACUGUCAUACGACGUCGUGGUGCAGGGCCUGCCCAGGGUCUCCCGCGCAGUUAUCGCCUGCGAUGACGCCCGCGGCGCCACCAAGUACGUCCCUCAACGUCACAGUCAUACGACGUCGUGGUGCAGGGCCUACCCAGGGUCUCCCGCGCAGUCAUCGCCUGCGACGACGCCCGCGGCGCCACCAAGUACGUCCCUCAACGUCACAGUCAUACGACGUCGUGAUGCAGGGCCUGCCCAGGGUCUCUCGCGCAGUCAUCGCCGGCGACGACGCCCGCGGCGUCACCAAGUACGUCCCUCAACGUCACAGUUAUACGACGUCGUGGUGCAGGGCCUGCUCAGGGUCUCCCGCGCAGUCAUCGCCUGCGACGACGCCCGCGGCGCCACCAAGUACGUCCCUCAACGUCACAGUCAUACGACGUCGUGGUGCAGGGCCUGCCCAGGGUCUCCCGCGCAGUCAUCGCCUGCGACGACGCCCGCUGCGUCACCAAGUACGUCCCUCAACGUCACAGUCAUACGACGUCGUGGUGCAGGGCCUGCCCAGGGUCUCCCGCGCAGUCAUCGCCUGCGACGACGCCCGCGGCGCCACCAAAUACAAAUUAUGCGUUGAAGGUGAUGGACUACGAGACGUCAUAGCAACAUAUGGAGUGGAUGGCACUAAAACUUCAUCGAACAAUAUUCUAGAGGUAUACCAGACGCUGGGCAUCGAGGCAGCGAAGUCGACGAUUAUCAGCGAGAUCCAGGGCGUGAUGGCGGGGCACGGCAUGGCGGUGGACCGGCGCCACGUGGAGCUGCUAGCCGCGCAGAUGACCGCGCGCGGGGAGGUGCUCGGCAUCACGCGCUACGGGCUCGCGCGCAUGAAGGAGUCCGUGCUCAACUUGGCCAGCUUCGAGAAAACGGCGGACCAUCUAUUCGACGCGGCAUACUACGGACAACGGGAUUCGAUCGAGGGCGUAUCGGAGUCCAUUAUUGUUGGCGUUCCGGCUGCAAUCGGCACCGGCUGCCUUCAGCUGCUUCAUCGACAUGACAAACCGCUUGCCAAGUCGCUCGACAAGCCGCAAACCAGGCCACUACUCUUCGACGAUCCUCGCUACCACACAUCCAUAUGGGAAUAG